AUGAUGCAAGAUAACAUUGAUGAAAGCAAGAAAUCACAGAACCCUAUCGAAACCCGUUUGUUAGGUCAAGAGCUUUUAGGAGAGCAAUAUUGGAGAAUGGCCGAAACACAUCAAAUUUCAGGGAAAGAGGCAAACUUUGAACCUACUACCGCUGCAGAGCUUUCAGCUCCGAAUCCAGCUUCGUCCCCUUCGCUAAUAGAAGCGCAGAAGAACAUUGAGAGGGAAGGAAAUAAUGACGUUCAUUUUGAAAUUAAUAAUGAGAGCAAUAUACUCAAUCACCCACCAAAGAAGAGGGCAUCAAAAGCAUGCGAUCUAUGCCGAAGGAGAAAAAUCAAAUGUGACGCAUUUGACGACAGACUAAAGAAGUGUUCAAACUGUAUUAAGUACCAUUCAGAGUGUACUUUUUCAAACCAGAAUAAAAGGAAAGGAGAUUUAAUUGAAAAAGCGGAGGAAUCAAAGCGCAGUCGAAGUAAAGCUGAUAUUGCUUCUGCACUAAUGCAAAGUACUGAAUUCGCACCGCAGGCGUCCGUUGAAAUACCUCAACGUACAUUAGCUGAAAAACGAUUACCCGAUCAACUUACCAGUAAGCAGGAGGAUGCUGGUGUCACCCUUCAAACAACUAGCGUUCCUUUGAAAGAGGCGGGCUUGAACGAUUCUAAAACAACCAAUAUUUCACAAUUCAAAAUACCAGACUCCCUGAAUUCGAAAAUAGAGAAGUUGGACAGAAAGGUUGCUGUCGUUAUUGAUAAUAUGGCGAGAUUUGAGUGGUUGUUGGAUAAGUUAAUAAAGAAGACUGAAAAUCCAAACCCAACCUUAAACAGUUCAAGAAAACCUCGUCGUAAACUCUAUUCGACUGCAAUAUUGACGGCACCCAAAAUAGAAUGGGUUAAAUACAAACUUUCUCCACUUACAUCGGACUUACAAUUUAUUUCUCCAAUAAAUAGUAUUUUAAGCAUUUCAUUAAAAUGGUAUGUCGUUCAAGUUCGGAAAUUAAUGAGUGGCAAUGUGAUUACUCAAGGCCUGACUCAGUCUCAGUAUUACUCAUUGCCAGAUAAGAACCUGGCAACACGCCUGUUGAUCAAUUUUCACCAAUUCUGUAUUUCGUCCGUCACUGGAAUUAUUAAGUUAGAAGAAUGUCUCUCUUUGGCUAGCAGAUAUUACGAUAAUGUGGCCAGAGAGACUAUGACAUAUCCGGAAUUAUUCCUAUUGAAUGUGUGUGUUUGUUCGGGGGCAAGUAUAACUAGGAAAAUGGAUUCAAUGGUAAACGAGCAUAGGCUCCUCCAAAUUAUAGAAAACGAAACUUUUUUCAAUAGCAAUCAAUACUAUCAUAAACUAUCAAUGGUGUGUGCUCACACAAAGACAAUACAGGCGUUGCUAAUAUACUAUCACUAUUUACAGGAUAAUGUCAGUACUGAACUUGCUGUUCCCGUUUUAGAUACAGCUGUGAGGUUUGCAAUGGAACUUCGUCUCAAACGAAAAAAAAUACAUAUGAGCUUUUUAGAUGUUAAUGAAGUACUCGACAGGGGUAGUCUUUGGUGGCAUUGUUUUUCUGCGGAUGCGAGAGCAUCUAUGAUCCUAUCAAGACCGCCAAUUAUCAGUUUGGAUAACAUGGACGUUCUCACAGAUGCAGGAUAUUUCGACUUGCUCAAGAAAAAUAUUCUACCGAAACUUGUCAAAGAUACAGUGGCCAUUGAAAAAAUUGACAAUGUACAUAAGGCAUUAGAUAUAAUUGGUAAUCAUUGUGAAUAUUUCCCUUUUUUUAUAUCAUAUUUUGUUUCAAAACUUCUCAGCCUUGAAUCUAGAGUCUUUUCUCAAUGUUUUGCUGUCAGAAGUACAUUGCACCUAUCUUUUGACGAAAUACUACAUAGCAUUUCUGAUCUGAACAAAGAAUUAAGGACAUGGUUCGAUAAAUUACCACCUGCAAUGAAAUUGGAGAGCUAUAAGCAGUAUCUAUCGCUAUUGCUUAUGGACCCAACCAUUCAUAAUACAACACUAUCAUUCAAAGUUGCAUGUUCUCAAGUAAUAAGUUGCCACCUUCAUUAUUUAUACUUAACGAAUAUAUUGAGUAUGUUUGCUUGUUCGUUCAUUCUAGACAAUCAGAACUUGUUUACCGAUUCCACUCACGAUGUGCCUGCCGUCUUCAAAACAUUUUGUGAACAAUCUAAGAUGGCCAGUAUAACUGCAUUGAAAGUAUUUCAGUCCUUGGAAUAUCAACCUUGUAUGCACAAUGAUAUGUUAUACCCUUUUUCAACUGCUGUAUUUGUGUUAAUUUUCUUUAUUAUCGAUGGGCUUGAGGAUGAUAAUUCAGGGGAUCUUAUAUCUCUUCUAAAUUUAUUACAUGAUUCCCAUAUUCAUUUGGUGGGAGAUAAUCAAAGGAAUUUAUCUUAUAAUAACAUGAAAUGGAGCACCACAGUUUUCAUGUAUUCUUUUCUGUUAAAGAAUAUUAUUUCAAAGAUGAAAGAGAUGCCGAUGUUCCGGGGCUCUCUAAAUAUUGAUGAGAGCUAUUAUGAUAGUAUUUUAUCAAGCUUAUUGACUUCAUCCAAUUCCAUAAAAACAGAAGCAGUUCAAGAGUAUAUCGACACACUGAAGUCGAUGGGAGUUCAUAGCGGCGAUUUUGAUGAUAUUGAUGAGAUAGGCUUCAACAACAAACCAUCCAGUAAUUCUAGAGACACAGAAACAAUAUUGAACCCUUUCAAGGAUGUAUCUUCAGAAUUUUUCCAACUCUUGAAGUCAUCUAAUUUUAUUGGCAAUAUUAGACGGGAGGCAAAUUUACCAGAUAAAGUAGAGGAGGCUGAUAACUCACUGUUCGCUAAUUUUCCCUAUCCAUUAUCGUUUAUUUAUCCAAGGUAUAGAUCAUCGAAAGGAAUUGACAUAAAUGAGGAGUGGCGUAAAAGUGAAGUUCUCCAGGCAAAGCAGCAACAACCUUCACAAAUAAAAGAAUUAUUGCCUUUCGGAAGUUUAUUAUUUGAUCGGGAUUUCUCAGUUAUGAAUAUUUUCAGCAACUAG